GAGCCACGUGAGGGUGUGUUUUUUUGUUCCUCCUGAGAUUCUAGUGAGCCGUUGUGGCUACCUUUGCUGGGGGAUUUCUGGCGGGAUUUUAUUUCUCAUUCCAUGCUGCGUCUUCUCUGGUUGCGUGGUUUGUUUUUGCAACCCAGUUCCAGAUGUCGCAGCAUUGCUUCCAGAAUGAGUACUUUGACAGCUUGCUGCGUGCUUGCAAGCCGUGUCACCUGCGCUGUUCCAAGGCCCCUCCGGUAACAUGCCAGCGCUUCUGUAAUGCAAGUGUGUCCAGUUCGGUGAAAGCAACGAACGCCAUCCUCUGGACCUGCCUGGGCCUGAGCCUGAUGGUCUCUUUGGCUGUGUUUGUGCUGAUGUUUCUGCUGAGGAAGAUGAGCUCGGAGCCAUUAAAGGCUGAAGACAAAAACACAGGUUCAGGUCUCCUGGACGUGGCAAAAGCUGUCCCAGACAACAGGCAAAUGGGAAAUGAGAUAACUCUUCCAAGAGGCUUGGGGUACACGGUCGAGGAGUGUACUUGUGAAGACUGCAUCAAGAGCAAGCCCAAGGUCGAUGCUGAUCAUUUCUUUCCACUCCCUGCCAUGGAGGAAGGCGCGACCAUUCUUGUCACCACGAAAACUAAUGACUAUUCUAAUAGCCUGCUGCUUGCUUAGAGUGCUACAGGGUAGAGAAAUCAGUUUCUAUGGGAUGAUUUAUCCUCUUGACCAGUGCAGAGCUACUUCCCACAAUCUUCAUUGAGAAGAAACAAGGUACAGUGUCGGAUCUCUAGAGGGUGAUCGCAUUCUGUCAGUUGCUGCUAUAGCGUUUUGUCCUCUGAUUCUGCAAAACCUUUGUUAUGUACAUUUCUGUACCUUAUGCUGAAAACUUAACCAUGGAAACUUCCUUGAUCUCAUGAUUAAACUCUUGACUCACUGGGGAAAAAAA